AUGGGUGAACGUAAAGUUAUUUCAAAAUAUUAUCCACCAGAUUUUGAUCCAAGUAAAGUUGCAAAGAUUAAAGUUAAAAGACCAACAUUUACAAAAGUAACAACAAUGUUACCAAUGAGUAUAAGAUGUAAUACAUGUGGUGAAUAUAUUGGUAGAGGUACAAAAUUUAAUGCAAAAAAAGAGACAGUUCAAAAUGAAGAUUAUUUAGGUAUUAAAAUUUAUAGAUUCUUUUUACGUUGUAAAAAGUGUGCAGCAGAAUUAACAAUUAAAACCGAUCCAAAGAAUUCUGAAUAUGUUUGUGAAUCUGGUGCAACUAGAAACUAUGAACCUUGGAAAGAAACAGAUGAAGAGAAAUCAAAUAGAAUGACAAAAGAACAAGAGGAAGAACAAGAUGCAAUGAUUGCUCUUGAAAAUAGAACUUUAGAAUCAAAACGUGAAAUGGAAAUGCUGGAUGCCCUUGAAGAAAUUAAAUCUUUAAAUUCUAGAAAUUCUGAAAUUGAUACUGAACAAUUAUUAGAAUAUAAUUUACAAAAACAAGAACUUGAAGAAAAAUUACAAGAUGAAGAGGAUGAUCUUUUAGUAAAAUCAAUUUUUAAUAAUAAAAAUAAAUUAGAAUUAAAUCAAAUUAAUGAUAAUAAUAGUAUUAAUAAUAAUAUUGACUCUAAUAAAAUUAAAAGAAUUGAAAAUGAUGAUGAUGAUGGUGAUAAAUUUAAUAGUUUAUUUUCAAAUAAUAAUAAAAAUAAUAAAAAUAUUAUCAAUAAUAAUAAUAAUAAUAAUAAUAAUAUUAAUACAACCUCAAUAUCCAAUACAAUCGAAACAACACCAACAACGAAUCAAAAAACAUCAAUUUUAGGUAAUAAAGUUAAAGUAGUAAUAAAUAAACAAGAGGAACCAAUACCGAAAAAUAAUAAUAAUAGUGAGCCAAAUUCAUUUUCAUCUUUUAUGUCGGCUUAUAGUGACGACGAAGAAGAUUGA